AUGACUACUGAGACUAAGAGUAGGAAACCUGCCAACACGGCGUUCAAGCAGCAGCGAUUGAAGGCAUGGCGGCCGAUUUUAACACCAAAGACAGUGUUACCGGUCUUUCUUGUCGUCGGUGUCCUCUUUGCCCCUCUCGGAGGUCUGCUACUCUGGGCUAGCGAUACCGUUGCCGAAGUCGUCAUUGACUACACAAGAUGCGACAAGUCUGGUCCGAACUUUGUCCCAGUCCCGCAGGACUCGUACUCGUCCAACUUUCCCGGCUCUGCUGGGGAUGGAGACACUCCGGAGUACAAGUGGAUCCAGGCUGUGGGGUCUGGCAACAAUGUGACCUGGCCAACGACGAGGUGCACGGUCAAAUUCAACAUACCUGUCGCGAUGAAACGGCCGGUCUUUGUGUACUACCGCCUUACAGACUUUUUCCAAAACCACCGUCGAUAUAUCAAGAGCAUGGACUCGAAGCAGCUCUCGGGUGUGUAUCGGUCCGCGGAUGAACUCAAGGGCGGAGGGUGUGAUCCACUGGCGGUCGUCAUGGAGAGUAAUGUCGCCUACCCAAUCUAUCCUUGCGGACUUAUUGCCAACUCUAUGUUCAAUGACACAUUCAGCCUUGUCUUGAAUCCGCUGGACCCAAUGACCAACAAGCCCUACGCCCUCACAGACACCGGCAUCGCAUGGACGACCGAUGCAACGAAGUAUGGUCAUAAUCCGUAUACGGAUCUAUCCAAGGUUCGACCUCCACCUAACUGGAGAAAUUGGUUCCCCCAGGGAUAUUCGGUAGCCUCUCCGCCUAUCGAUAUUACCAAAGACGAGCAUUUUCAAGUCUGGAUGCGUACCUCUGGCCUACCUAACUUCCGAAAGAUGUAUUCUAAGAACGAGGUUGAGGAUCUCCCGAGCGGUACUUACACUAUUGAUAUUGACAUGAACUACAAUGUGUCGUCAUAUGGAGGAACAAAGUCGAUCGUCAUAUCUACGGUGUCGUUUAUGGGCGGACGUAAUCCUUUCUUGGGUAUCGCCUAUGUGGUCGUCGGCGUGUUGUGUGUCGUGCUCGGGCUUCUGUUCACGGCCCGUCAUCUGUACAAGCCUAAGCGCUUGGGAGACCACACCUACCUCUCAUGGAACCAACAGAGGGAGCCACAGGGAGAACCAUUAUCGGAAGACGAUGAGCUGGCUCCUUCUGCGGUUGCCACGGGCGCAAGCGCGCGCUACUAG